GUGUCCAUAUUUCAGUUACUAUUCCAUUUAACCCAUAUGAAUUUAAAUGAGGAAUAUUCUGUUUAUUCAUGGUGCAGGGAUACGCGUGAGCGGGAUAUCAAAGGUGCAUGUAAACAGCGUAUCCCGAAUAAGACAAGCGGGAUAUGAGCUACUAUCCGGAAUACUGUGCCCAUGUAAACGUGAUCGUGAACACCCCAGUGGAUCCAUAAAGCCCACUAGCGGCUGCCCAGGCUAUUUCUAGUGAGAAAAAUAAAAUAGUCGCCUAGGCUAUAUGUAGAAAACGGAAGACAACGCUGGAAAGUAACAACGACGAAACAGUUAUAGCCUACAUUUUGCCUACAGAUAAUGGGCGGCCAGGUAUCUGUAGACAAUGUUCAUGUCGUGGUGGUUGGCGGGGGUUUCGGUGGCACCGCCGCCGCGCAACAGCUCAAAUCCAGGGGGAUACCAUUUACCCUCAUUGACCUCCGUGACGCUUUUCAUCACAAUGUGGCUGCCCUCCGUGCCUCUGUUCAGAGUGGCUUUGCCCAGCAGACCUUCAUCCCAUAUUUUGAGACAUUUGGAGAGAGUUUCCUUCAGGGGCGAGUCAUGCGGGUGGAACCAGUGUCACAGACUGUUGUGUUGGAUGGAGGAAAGGAAGUUCAUUACUCACACCUUAUACUGUGCACUGGCACAGACGGCCCUUUCCCGGGGAAGUACAACACUGUGGCCUCCUAUCAGACAGCCAUCCAGAAGUAUGAGGACAUUGUGAAGGAGGUCCAGGCUGCAGAUUCGGUUCUUGUGGUAGGCGGUGGAUCCACUGGUGUAGAGAUGGCUGCAGAGAUCAAAACAGAAUAUCCAGACAAGAAGGUGAUCCUGAUCCAUUCCCAUGUUGGCCUAGCAGACCCAGAGCUGCUGCCCAGUGUCAGACAACAGGCCAAGGAGGUGCUGCUGGAGAAAGGGGUGGAGCUGCUACUGGGGCAGAAAGUUUCUAACCUGUCUGAACUGGAGCUCAAUGUGACCCACAAGAACAUGGUUAUCAUGACAGACAAGGAUACAGAGAUCACUGCAGACCUCGUCAUCUGCUGCACAGGGAUGAAGAUCAACUCUGAUGCCUAUAGCGCCACCCUGGAUGGAUGUCUAGCAGAGAAUGGGUCCCUGAAAGUGAAUGAGCACCUGCAGGUGGAGGGCUAUGACAAUGUGUAUGCUGUUGGGGACUGUGCUAAUGUCAACGAGCCUAAGAUGGCGUAUCAUGCAGGUCUCCACGCUGGGGUUGCUGUUACCAACAUCACCAACAGUCUGAUGGGGAAACCCCUGGAAUCUUAUCACCCAGGGAGUGUGACCAUGUUGUUAGCCAUGGGCCAUAAUGAUGGAGUGGGCCAGUUCAAUGGGCUGAGGCUUCCCCGUUGCCUUGUAACCCAGGGCAAGAGCAAGAACCUACUGCUGUGGAAAAGCUGGAAGGAGAUGGGUCAGAAAGCUCCUUAACGUGCCAUACAGAACAUUCUGGAGCAAAGACAUGAGUGUGCCGGCACAGCCUUGACAGAGUGCCUUACUCAGGUGACAGGUUGCAGAACAUGACAACUUGAUAUUAGACCAUAUAUUUGUAAAAUAUUUAUACGCAAGGUGAUGCAAACUUUGUACAAUGUCAAUUUUUGCCAAUGAAUGUUAAUGUAUGUCUUGAUUUAAAAUAAAUCUUAAUUGUAUGGUUAAAUAUAUUUCUGUAAUUUGCUACAAUUUAAAGAGCGACUGAGCUGAACUCACCGAUUCCGCAUGUUUUUCUGCUGCUCAUAAAAAAAAACUCGAUUUGA